AUGGAAAGGAAAAAAUUCGAAGGAAGAAGCAAAGAUGGAAAAGCAAAAACACGAAAAGCAGGAUUUUCAAAAUAUUCUUAUCAACCAAGUAGAGGUAAAAUAUUUAAAUUUACACCACAAAAAAAAAAAUUAGACGUACGAAAACAUAUUUAUAAGCCAUACGGACGUAGCAAUUUAUCUAUGAUGAAUAGAAAAUAUUAUAAAAGAGGUGGGGGUAAUACAUAUUUUUCGAAAAACAAGAGAAAAUUAGCAAACAAAUUUCAAGAUAAUAGAGCAUUUGGAAACUCUGGUGGUGGAUAUGAUAUAUAUUCGAGAAAAUCAAAAGGAAAUAAUUUUAGAAACAGGAGAAGCAAUUUUAGAAGUGGUAAAAGGAGAAAUUUCACCUUUAAGAAAACUCAAAAUUUACAUGACAAAAUUGGAAAAUUAACUUCAAAGGCAUUGGAUGACGAAUUAGAUAAUUAUAUGGGUUCAAGUAACGUAAAAACAAGAUUAGAUAACGACCUAGAUUCAUACUUUAAGAACAAUCAAGUGGUACAAGUAGACAUGAACAGUGGGUUUAAUAAAAUAGCUGAAUGA